AUGCUUCCAAAUACCGAGUGCGGCGAAUCGUUCAUGAGUUAUUCAAGUAACAUUGAUAGUGAUGAGGACGAAGAUCGACUGCAGAUUGUUGCAGAUGAAGCCAUCACAUUCCCAUCAACUUCCUCCGCACCAGAAAGACAGCAGGCGCCACAGCAGAGUAACCAAGCGAAGGAAAAGAUUUCCAAACCGACGGCAGCCAAGAAACAAACGAGCGAGGUGAAAUCUGAGCUGUACAGGAAAAUGCAUAAACGGAUUGCUGUGCAGACACUGCGCAUGAAAGAGCUGGGAAGAUUGAAGAAGCCUGAGCAGGAGGAAUCUGAUCAGUCGCCAAAAGUCUGCGAACAGAGGGUGAAGGUGGAGAAGCCGUCCCGCAGCAUUCCGCAGAAAAGAAGCGCAAUAUUGCUACCGCAGUCACCUGUUGUACUGGCGAAAAGGCCGAGGGUAUGUUAUUCUUAA